CUAAGACCAAAUAUCAUUAAAAUGAGAAAUAUGUUUUCAUAUUUUUAUAUGCCCAGUGGCCAAUUACCUAGUCAAAUGGUAUGACUCUAGCUCACAAAAAAAAAUAAGUUUAAUGGUGUUAAUAAUAAUUUCCGAUUAAAUUUCAAUUUUCAAUAAGAUUAUCGAAUCAUCGAUUAUCAUAGAAUGAAAAAAAAAACUUAGUAAUUAGAUCGAAAACAAUAUUGUUUUAGUAAAUACCUAAUAAAUAUGUCAUAAAUCAUAAGCGUCUUCCUCGGGGAUAGAUAUUGUGUUUUAUGUUGAUUUCGUCAGUGGGUUUCUCGGCGAUCAAAAUACGACUAGGAUCUCGAGAUCAAAAGCUCGACGUGCUAGUUCGGAAAGUUUGACGGGCCGGAACGAGUAGGCAACAACGUCGAGCAUCGUAGGAAAGUAGGAAAUCCAUUCGUUAUCAGAUUAACUUCGGUCGAACAAUCGUAAUAAUAUUUAUCAAUUUGAUAUUUUAAUACGUCGGUUGCGAAUAUAAUAAUAAUAGUAACAAUCGCCGUAUGAUAAUAUUAUAUUAUUGUUAGUAAGUUUUUAUAAUUGUCGAGCCAAUUCUCGAUCGUAUAACUACGUCUGUUCGUCAACUAUCGAAACACUACAUUUACACUACAUAUUGUACUCGAGUUAAAAAAAAUGUCAUGUCCAGCCGACGUCUCGUGCCAACAAUCUCCGCCAACGUCGACGUAUACGAUCCGGUGACCUGUACGUUUUUGUGCGGAACAUCAAAUUAUUUAAAUAGUGAUUUUAACUAUUCGGUCAGCCAUUAAAAUUUUGACCAUGGAUGAUCAUAAUUGUCUUCAAUUGAACGAAGAUCCAAUUCAGUUUGUUCCUGCAAGUGUUAGCAAAACAACAAAUGUGUUCUACGAUGAAAUAACUGGACAGAUAAUUACUGUUCAUUCCGGUGAGCUGACUGAAAUAAUUGUAACAUCUAGUACUCGUUGUAGAGAAAAUAUGGUGUUUAAAAUUGAAGAUCGGGGACCAGUAUCUUCAAUAAAAAUGUCCCUAAACUGUAAAAUAUUAACAAUGAUGAGAACAGCAUUAUCUGUAGAAUUAAUGGAAAUUAAAGAAAAUACAUUACAAAGUCCUUAUUUUUUGUAUUGUAAAUUCAAAGGUGCCAAGUUGUUGGGUUUCAUUUGGACUGGUAAUAAUGAAAUACUAUUAAUAAGUGAUAAAGGCGUAGAACUAUAUCAGGUUGAAGGCCAAGUACCUAAGCAACGUAUCAUUUUUUCUAAAUCUAUAAAUUUGCAUGUGAAUUGGUUUAUUUACUCAAAUCAUUCGAAAUUAUUAUUACUGUCUAUGAAUUCUUUUGGAGAUUUUCAACCACUCCACAUUUUACCAGGAAAUAUAAAUAAAUUGUCUAAAUUAGAAGUUGAUUUAGAUACAUCACUUAAUAUACCAAAUCAAUCAAUUAGUGAACGUAAUAUUGUAAUGACUACUGUUUACAACAUACUCAGAAUAUUAGUUUUACCAACAAGUCAAAGUCGUAAUGAAAUUAUAGUUUAUACAUUAAACAAAAUGAUGGCGUUUAAAAAAUCACAUAUUCUAAAACUGACGCACAAUGGUAAAUUAUUAAUUAAUGUAGUGGAUAAUUUGAUUGUUGUUCAUUACCAAUAUACAAAGUCUUCUUCUGUAUUCGAUAUAUACAUGGAAGCUGCAAAAGAACAUACAAUAUCACAUUAUUUACCUAUUUUAGAUGAUCUAUCAAUCAAAAGAACAAUUCCAAGAGAAGGAGGAUCACAUUAUGUUUCUCAUCUAUAUUCAAGUAUUUGCAUCUCGUUUCAACCAAACAUAAUAAUAGAUGCUAAAUUAGGUUAUCUGUGGCAUUUCAAACUAAACUUAGCAGCUGUCACCAGAAUAAUUAUGGAUAAAUGUUCACUUAUUGAUUUUCUUCUUUUGCGCCCUAAUUCAAAAGAUAUCACUUUGGAGGUAUUACAACAUAUGAUUUUACAAAAAACAAGUAAUUUAAUUGAAAUAGGAAAUGUUUUUGAUCAUUUGAAUAUUGUAUACAAAAAACACCUCAACAGUCAUAUUAUGAACACCAGUCCAUUACCUAAUGACUACAUGAUCGUUGCUGAAUCAUUGCAAUGUAAAGUUGUUAUAGAACAAUUAGAUGUUUAUAAGCAUGUAUUUGUAAAAUUAGUAGAUAAAUUGGAAAAUACUAAAGAUGAUAAGAAAUUUGCAAUUUCAAUAUUAGUUGAAUACAUUCGAUCUCUAACAGAUAACAAAAUCACUAUUGAACACUUCCUUUAUGAAUUACUCAUAAAUUGUCUAGUAAUAAAUAAAAUGUAUUAUCAGCUUCAUCAGAUGGUGCAAUACCACAUUGUUAUUGAUUCUAAGCCAUUGGCUUGUUUAUUAUUAUCAUUAGAAUCACUUUAUUCACCAGCACAUCAGAUGGCGCUUGACAUGUUGCAUAGAUUGAAUACAGCCCAUGAAGAGAUAGUAGAAGUCUUGCUUUCCAAGAAACAAGUCAUUCCAUCUAUGAGAUACAUGUCAAAGCACAAUAUGCUAGAUCACUCGACAUAUAGAAAACUGACUGAAGUUGCAAUUUCCACUAAUAAUUCAAAAAUAUUGCAUUCCACUAAAGAAGAAUUUUUACAAAGAAAUGUAACCUCAAAUGAUGAAUUUGAUACUAAUAGCAGAGGAUAGUUUUAAAAUUUGUUAAAAUUGAGUAUUUAAAUAGUAUGACUAUAUAUUCAAUAAUGUAUUAAAAAUCAAAUACCUGUGGCUUAUGAUUUCAAAAUAUCAAUGUU